CAGGAUCGUAAGAAUCGUCUAAAUUGUUUGGAAAGAAGACUGGUUUUGCCGCUGUUCGCUGGUAUUUACAUUACCAAUGAGUAUCUACGAUAACGAAACACGAUGACGUGUGCUUUGCCGUAAGUGAAAGUAACUUUAAUUUGUGGAAGGAGUUAAUGGCGAAGGCCUUCAACAUUAGACGUGUUUUGAGUUGAACACAGUCUCUCGUUGGUUGUGCUUCAGUGUACUCGCGCCUAAUAAACGUUCUUCGUUAAAAUGUGUGGAAUUUUCGCAUACAUUAAUCAUCUUACGCCUAAGACCCGGCGGGAGAUAUUGGAGCUGCUUGUGAAUGGAUUGAAGCGUUUGGAAUACCGUGGUUAUGAUUCUGCUGGUGUCGCCGUAGACGCUGCGGAUCAAAAAGAUAUUGCAGUUGUGAAAAAACAAGGCAAAGUAGCCGCGCUUGAAGAAUUACUCCAAGAACGCAGUGUCGAACUUGCAGUUGAAGAAUGUGUAGAAUCUCAUUGUGGGAUUGCUCAUACCCGGUGGGCUACUCAUGGAGAACCGAGCGCUAUCAACUCUCAUCCCCAACGAUCGGGAGAAGAUAACGCAUUUGUUGUUAUUCAUAAUGGUAUUAUUACCAACUAUAAAGAAGUUAAAACUUUUCUGGAAAACAAGGGAUACAUUUUUGAAUCCCAGACUGAUACAGAGGCUAUAGCAAAGCUGGUACAUCAUAUUUACAACCAGCAUAAAGGUUACAGCUUCCAAGAGCUGGUUGAGCAGGUAAUCCAACAACUUGAGGGUGCCUUUGCUUUAUGCUUUAAAUCUCGCUACUUUCCAAAUGAGUGUGUAGCAACCAGACGUGGUAGUCCUUUACUGGUUGGUAUUAAAACAAGACGCAGUCUUUCAAGCGAUCAUGUGCCUAUUAUGUACAAUAAUAACAAGGCUACUCGUGGAGUGGUACCUGCAUUACCACGUGUUAACAGCCAUGCUCAGUUCCAACCUGAGGAGGAGAGGGAUGUAGAAUAUUUCUUUGCCUCAGAUGCUUCAGCUGUAAUUGAACACACUAAUAGGGUCCUUUACUUUGAGGAUGAUGAUGUAGCACACAUCAAAGAUGGUAUUCUGAGUAUACACCGUAUGUCAGGAAGCAGUUCGGAUCCUCAUCAGCGUGAAAUUUUGACUCUGAAAUUGGAGUUGCAGCAGAUUAUGAAAGGAAAUUAUGAUUAUUUUAUGCAAAAGGAAAUAUUUGAACAGUCUGAAUCAAUUGUUAAUACAAUGAGAGGCCGCCUCAACUUUGCAGAUGGAGCAGUGACACUUGGUGGGAUAAAAGAUUAUAUACCUGAAAUCAAACGUUGCAGAAGGUUGAUGUUGAUUGGAUGUGGAACCAGCUACCAUAGCGCAGUAGCCACAAGACAACUACUAGAAGAAUUAACCGAGCUUCCAGUUAUGGUGGAAUUGGCGUCUGAUUUUCUUGACAGGAAUACACCAGUUUUCCGUGAUGACGUAUGCUUCUUUAUUUCUCAGUCCGGUGAAACUGCAGAUACCUUGAUGGCCCUUAGAUAUUGCAAGCGUCAUGGAGCUUUGAUUGUUGGAAUUACAAAUACUGUGGGCAGUUCUAUUUGUCGUGAGUCUCAUUGUGGUGUACAUAUUAAUGCGGGGCCGGAAAUUGGUGUUGCAUCGACUAAAGCUUAUACAUCUCAAUUUGUAUCCCUUGUUAUGUUUGCUUUAGUUAUCAGUGAAGAUAGAAUUUCCCUCCAAAAGCGCCGAGCUGAUAUAAUUGCUGGCUUGCAUGAAUUGGAUAAGAAGAUUCAGGAAGUUUUAGCAUUAGAUUCGGAAGUUAAGUCUUUGGCGGAAGAUCUGUAUCGGCAACGUUCUCUCCUGAUUAUGGGUCGUGGAUAUAAUUUUGCUACUUGUCUGGAAGGUGCACUCAAGGUUAAAGAAUUGACCUACAUGCAUAGUGAAGGUAUAAUGGCGGGAGAAUUGAAACAUGGACCCCUUGCACUUAUCGAUGAUUCUAUGCCAGUUAUGAUGAUCGUAAUGCGUGAUCCCGUUUAUAUAAAGUGUAUGAACGCAUUGCAACAAGUGACAGCGCGUCAGGGACGGCCUAUUGUUGUUUGCGAAAAGGGUGAUACAGAGACCAUGGCAUUAGCAUCCCGUGUUCUCGAAGUGCCCAAAACUGUUGACUGUCUACAAGGAGUGCUAACUGUUAUUCCUAUGCAGUUACUGGCAUAUCACAUAGCUGUUUUGCGCGGAUGUAAUGUCGAUUGUCCGAGAAAUCUUGCGAAAUCUGUAACAGUAGAAUGAUUUUGUAUUUGUUAUUCUUUAAAAAUAUGCGAUCUCUACAUUCAUAACUUAGUGUUGUGGAAUAAUCUUUUUAUCGUGUUAAUUGGUCCUUUACCAAAAGUUUACCUUAUCUUUUGAAUUUCAUAGUAUUCAUUUAUUUGAUUUAUCGAUAGUUGACAAUGGGUUCGACAAAUUCACUUAUCUAUGCAGCGAUAAUAUAGCAACAUAAUUAAAUCGAUUUAGAUUAAAUAUAUUUUAAAAGAUUUGUAUCACUUUGGAAAUCGAAAAUAAAUUUGUUUGGUAUUUAAAUAACCAAAACAUUCCAUAAGUACUGAAAAUUUAAAGUUCAUAAUGCUCUUGUGUAAUAUAACAUUCCAUUACUCAAAUUUCAUGGCUGUAUAUAUUACGAUAUUUUAUCUGGUACAAGGCCGGUCACAGCUCGAUAAUAACUGGGUUUAAAAAAAUAACAUAUGAAUUUAAAACCUUUUCCUUACUCGCAUCUCGUUUUCAAUAUUUUAAAAGUUACUGUACUAAUCCAAGCAAGCCGUUCUUGAGUUAGAAUAUAUAUAUAAAUAUGUAUUUAAGAUAGGUUAAAGCUAAUUUUGUGUUUUCUGAAAUACUCGUGUAUGGUACCUAUUUCUGUAGUUGUUUUUUAGUUAAGCAAAAUCGUCGGGAAAAGAAAUGCAAUAGUAAAACCUUUUGAAAAAUAUAAUAUUCAAAUGCAUUAGCAUCUAAAAUAAAAAUUUUACGGAGAGAUUUCUAAUAAAUUGUAUUUAUAUUUUUAUAUAUGUACUUCACGUACUUUUCGUAGAAAUUACAAAUAGCGAAUAUAAAUCGUGUAUGUAUGAAUUAUUAUGCAAUCGUUUUCGUUUUUCUCGUAAUAUUGUCCUUUAAACAGUUGUUUUAUAUCCAUAUAGUUUGAAAAUUUAUUGUACCUACUUUUUUAAAGUGCUAGAAAUAUGUACGUAUUACUUAUUUACACAAACUAAGAUUUAAUGUAAGCUUUUAUAUUCAUUUAUUUUACAUGUAUUCUUAAGUGUGUGUACUUAAUGCUUGGUUAAGCAUUUAAAUAAAAUGUAUUUCUAAGUGUAAAAUGUUAAGAUACUGAUUAGGCAUACGUGGUAGAAUUAUCUACUUAUAAAAUUUCAAAAAGGCCCAUAAAUGCGAUUGUAAAUAAAUUAAUUUUAUUCGAAACGAUAAUAUUCACAAUUUUGCAAUCUGAAAUCAUUUAUAGUUAUAGUUAAUUAAUAAUGACUAAUUAAAAUCGAAUUGUUGUAGUUCCUAGUAAAGAUGUUUCGUUUGAAAUGUCAUUAGCAGCGAUUAAAUUUAUAAUUUACAUCUUUUAUUACUUAAAAUUACAAUAAAAAUUUCGUUGAAAUGUUAUUAUUUAAUAUAAUAUCGUGCGAAAUUAAUUAUGCUUCGACUACGGAAGUGAACAAUAAAAUAUAUGGCCGAUUGCUAGUCAAAAAUAUCAAAUAAAUAUUGGGAGUUAAAAUUUUUGUAACUCGGCGUUAAAUUUGUAAAUGUCACUUGUGUCAUUUGAUUUAUUUACAUUAGCUAUUUGUAAAAUUAUGAAUCUUACAUUUUAAUGAAAAAUAAUUCUGCAUUUUAUUUUUUAUGUGAUAGUAGGCGUUUAUUCAUAGAUAUAGAAUAGUUUACGCACAUUUAUGUAAGUGAAAUGUUAUUAUCUUAUAUUAAUAGUUAAGAAAAGGAAAUAUACAUGAAAAAAUACAUAUUAUAAUAUAUUAUUGAAAUCAUUAUUUUAAAUCUGUUAAACAGAACAUCACGUUUCACAAUAUCUAUUUGUUAACUCUAUAAUUUUAAGAUUAAAUUUACUGAGAAUAA